UCUCUGAAGUCGUACACGGUGACCCUGGGUCAAGUGAUGAACAUCACUGGUCUGCCUCCCAUCAACCUGAACGACUCCACCUACGACGGCGGCAAACUCGGCAGUCUGCAUUAUGGAGGGCUCGGACAGCUGACGGACGGGGUGCUGGGCUUGGACGACUUCACCCAGAGCCACGAGCUGCGUGUGUGGCCGGGCUACGACUAUGUGGGCUGGGCUGCCGCCACCCAGACCGACGGCCGCGUGCAGAUGGACUUCCACUUCGACAGCCUCUGCACCUUCGAGUACAUGAAGGUCCACUGCAACAACAUGUUCAGCCACGGGGUGAAGGCCUUCAGCCGGGCGGACUGCUUCUUCGGGACGGGUGAGACGGACUCCUGGGACCCGGAGCCGGUCAGCACCGUGACGGUACUCGAUGACAUGAACCCCAGUGCCCGCUACGUCAAGGUGCCGCUGGGCCAGAGGGCGGCCGCCAGCCUCCGCUGCCACUUCUACUUCGCCGAUGACUGGAUGCUCUUCAGCGAAGUCUCCUUCCAUCUGGGCUCUGACCCCACCACCCCGCUGCACACGGAUCUGAAGCCUCGCGCCAACCCACCUCCAGAAUGGGGGACCUUAAUCCCACCCUCGGGAAUGUCCACUGCCAGCCAUCGGAUGGACGGACUGACGCCCACCGUCAGUAACCUAGAUUUGGAUUCGUCCCCAGAGUCUGGCCGGCCGGUUGCCAAGGCCGACCAUAGCAACACGUCAAUGCUGAUUGGAUGUUUGGUGGCCAUUAUCCUUCUCCUCCUCAUUGUCAUCUUCAUCAUCUUGUGGCGCCAGUACUGGAAGAAGCUGCUCGGCAAGGCCCAGCGUCGGAUCUCGGAUGGGGACCUGACCGUUCGCCUCUCGCUGCCCAGCGACACCAUCGUCAUCAACAACACGCAACCCAGCGGGGCGGCCAGCCGCCACUCCAACCUGUACGAGCGCAUCAGCUCGGGCGAGCUGGAGUACCAGGAGCCCAGCCGGCUGUGCAUGAAGCUGCCCGACCUGCCCACGGCUGCAGACAACCCAGCACUCCUGUUAAACAACCCAGCCUAUCACGUGUUACUUUCUCAGCAGAAUGGAGCCGAUGGCUUCUCCAAGGACCAGAUUAAGCCAAUCAACACUGAUGCAUGCAACGGGGAGUACGCGGAGCCCGACCUCACCAAGAUGGCGGCGGCGCAGGCGGGCUGCCCCAACAGCGUGCCCCACUACGCCGAGGCGGACAUCAUCAACCUCCAGGGGGUGACUGGGAACAACACCUACGCCGUGCCCGCCCUGGCCGUGGACGGGCCGGCCGGCAAGGACGUGGCUGUCGGCGAGUUCCCCCGGCAACGCCUGGUCUUCCGCGAGAAGCUGGGGGAGGGGCAGUUUGGGGAGGUUCACCUCUGUGAAGUGGACAACCCUCAGGAGCUGGAGGGCCUGGGUUUCCCCCUCAACAUCCGGAAAGGCCGCCCCCUGAUGGUGGCCGUGAAAAUGCUGCGCUCAGAUGCCACCAAAAACGCCAGGAACGACUUCCUGAAGGAGGUGAAGGUCAUGUCCCGGCUGAAAGACCCCGACAUCAUCCGCCUGCCGGGGGUGUGUGUCCGGGACGACCCGCUCUGCAUGAUCACGGAGUACAUGGAGAAUGGCGACCUCAACCAGUUCCUCGGCCAGCACGAACUGGGAGACAAGUUUGCAACGGCCACCAACGUCCCGUGUAUCAGCUACCCCAGCCUGGUGCACAUGGCCAGCCAGAUCGCCUCGGGCAUGAAGUACCUGGCCUCCAUGAACUUUGUUCACCGUGACCUGGCCACCCGCAACUGCCUGGUGGGCGAGAACUACGCCAUCAAGAUUGCCGACUUCGGGAUGAGCCGCAACCUGUACGCGGGAGACUACUAUCGCAUCCAGGGGUGUGCCGUGCUUCCCAUCCGCUGGAUGGCCUGGGAGAGCAUCCUGCUGGGCAAGUUCACCACGGCGAGUGACGUGUGGGCGUUUGGCGUGACGCUGUGGGAGGUGCUGGUCCUGUGCAAGGAGCAGCCGUACCACCAGCUGACUGACGAGCUGGUGAUCGAGAACGCAGGCGAGUUCUUCAGGGAGCUGGGCAAGCAGGUCUACCUGCCGCGGCCACCCAUCUGCCCGCAGGCCGUGUACGACUUGAUGGUUCGCUGCUGGAGGCGAGACUCCAAGGAUCGCCCGACCUUCCAGCAGGUCCACCAGUUCCUGACGGAGGAUGCCAUGAACAUGGUGUAGCGAGCAUGAUGCGCCGGUCGGCAAAGCCCGCCGCAACCGCCAGGCCCGGCGACCGGGGGCGCGGACGGAUGCGCCGCCGUUUCCGUAGCAGCUUCACAUUAGAGCCCGGGUGUUCAUAGGUUUACUUUUCUUUCGCCCUGCAGUAGCCGCUGGAUCGCUGACCAGUCUCUCUCUACUUGUUGGGGGGGAAGGGGCACUCCAACGCUGGGGACCCCACCCCCCCCUCACCCCGCCCAACCUUCAGGUGGAACCCAGGAGCCAGCUUCAUCCCUGGCAAAAAGAAAGCAAGGAUCGGAUCGGAUCGGGAAGCUGCAAAUCCCGGCCUCUAUCUCCUUGUAGCGGAAGACACUGGAAUUUGAAACUUUUUUUUUAGCCGGGACGGUUCGGGACGUCCUCUCGUAUCUCUCUCCUGCUUCAUCUCAGCUUCAGGAGGGAGGGAGAGGGAGGGGACGCAUGUUGUCUCCGCCCAGGACUGUUGCUGUGUACUACUGUAAUUCACAAUGUUUGUGUGACUACUGACACUCCAAUCAGCGGCGAAAAAUCAAGUGUGUGUGAGUCUGUGUGUGUACGCACGCAUCUGUGUGUGUGUGUGUGUGUGUACGUGUGCGUGUUAGUGUGCGUACCUGUGCGUGUGUCAAUAUAUGUGUGUGUAUGUA